CCACCCUCUCUACACUCCUCACUACUACACCGUGCCUCGACCCUCGAUCUCCGCCCCUCUCGAGUCCAAGAUUGCUUCUGCAUUCCACGACGCGCCCCUGUCUCCACUCCAGCUUUCUUGCGAUGAAGGAGAGACAGCUCACCUCGGCACCGGCAUACCCAAAGCACGCAGCACACCUUGCGCGUUGAACAUCAUGUACAUGAACGAGCCGUCUUUACUCUCGCGUAGACGUCCCUCGACAGUCCACCUCAACAACCGUGAUAACAUGGCAGCCGGCCCCGCCAUCGUUAGCGGGCCAGGGGGCAGCUCGUCCUCAGGCAGCUCCAGUGAUUCCGGUCCCUCAGAUCCGUCCGCAGGAUCAUCGCAUUACGACUCCAAUACCGUCACGCGUGUCGUCAUCCCAGUAGUCGUCUCGCUCGCACUCUCUAUGCUCGUUGGCAUAGUAAUACUGUGGCUCUACAAAUCAUCGCGGUACCGCAGGCGGCAGGCCAUCCCCAACCCGUUUACUGCCUCCAAGAAGCCACAAUUGUGGGAUGUUAGGCUGUCCCCCUCUCCAACAGGCUCGUUGGAUGAUGCGCGCUGGAGUCACAUCACGCCGCUGUCCGUCAAGUCUAUCCCGGGCGACGUAUACGAGCUCGAGAGGCUUGUCAGCGCAUCUGUCCAUCUCCCAGAGGUCAGCAGAGAUCGACCGCUCAGCGUGCAGACAUCGUCCUCCACUGCCUCGAACAUCUUGAAAAAGCCACGAUCGAAGGCGGACGACGGAUGGUUGCGCGUCUCAGUCGCCAUCGCCAUGCCCUCGCCCACUUCGCGCCGGUUAUCUGGCAAGGAGUGUCGUGGCGGCGCAGGUGUUGGCGAGCGGGCUGCACCGAUGUGUCUCGGUGUGGCGGAUAUUCGGAAACGGGAGGGGGUCUAGUGGAGACAUCAGGGAGUUUUUGUUCUUCUUUGUUGUGCGUGAUUGCGGGGAUUGACGCUCGUUCACCGAGAUGGUGACUCAUCGCUUCUCGAAAUACCAUAUAGCUUGCAUGUGCUCAUAGACGAGCAGCGAGAGUUGCUUAGUGGGCUUUCGAAUUCGUCGAGAUCGCGUCAGAAUCACGAAGGGCACAUUCUUUCGCGGAGCUCAAGACGGUUGCUUCAUGACAGAUAUAAUCUUAUAGGCUUGUGCGACAAAGAUAAGAAUUAAUUUACAUAUGAAGGACCAGCUGGACGGGACAGAAGAUUAACACGAGCAACACAAGCACGAUACAUAUCAACGAGACAGGACCUCCGAUCCUAACGGAGACUCCGGAAUACAUACAGAGGGUCCAUCAUCACGGCAUCCACAUUUUGGCCUUCACCCAGUCCAAGAGCUGGUCGUCCCA